UUCCUCACUCAUACGCGAGCUCCUUUGGCUCGCUCCGUCUCCGGGGCUGGCUCGCUGUGCGCCGGCCCAACCCCCCUGCGCCGUGCCGCACUGGUUCAGUCUGGCUCGCCCUCAGCUGCUGCGUGUCCUGGGAUGACCUGUUGAUGUCGGUAGAAUGGAGAAUAGCAGGGGGAGCGACGAUUACCCCCAUCUCCCAAAUAUUUAAACAUUUUGGCUCAAUCGGCGUCGCGGCUGCUCAACUUGUCCCCUGCCUACGCUAAGACACAAAACUGAUUCGAGGUGUGCUCGGCGCACCAUGGCCCAGACCCUCCAGAUGGCGAUCCCAAACUUCGGCAACAACGUCCUGGAGUGUCUGAACGAGCAGAGGCUGCAGGGGCUCUACUGUGACGUCUCUGUGGUGGUCAAAGGACACACUUUUAAGGCCCACCGUGCCGUUCUAGCCGCCAGCAGUGCUUACUUCCGGGACCUGUUCAGCAGCAGCAGCAGCAGUUCGGGUGGAGGCUCGGGGUCGGGGGGAUGCUCCGGUGACGUGAGCCCCAGCGUGGUGGAGCUGCCCCCGGCCGUGCAGCCCCAGAGCUUCCAGCAGAUCCUGUCCUUCUGCUACACCGGGCGCCUCAGCAUGACCGUGGGAGACCAGUUCCUCCUCAUGUACACCGCCGGGUUCCUCCAGAUACAGCAGAUCAUGGAGAAGGGCACCGAGUUCUUCCUCAAGGUGUCCUCUCCGAGCUGUGACUCCCAGGGCCUCCACACAGAAGAGGCCCCCACCUCGGAGCCCCAGAGCCCCGUCACCCAGACCAGUAACGGCGUGUCCCGACCUGCGGCCAGCGUCACCCCUCUACCUCUAGUGUCCCGCGUGAAGACGGAGCAGCCCGGCCAGCCCGAAGCUGCCACCCCUUACUCCGUGGUGUGCACCCCGGUCGCCAAACGCCUAUGGGAGGGCGGCAGCGUGCGGGACGGGGGCGGGGCCUUCAGGGGGAGGGGCGGGGCCAGGAAAGCGGCACGAUACUCCCAGGACGCGGUGAGGGGCAGCGCCAUCCAGAGUCCCGGAGCCCUGGGACUGGCGAUGGGCAUGGGGGCCACAGCCUCGGGCCUGGCGGGGAUGGUGGGCGGCCUGGGGGGCAGUAAUGGGGGCACCAAUGGCAACGCGGCGCCGGCGGGUCUGGGCAUAUCCGACGGAGCCAGCCCGGGCACCCUGAGUACCUACGCCAGCGACUCGCCCAUCAGUUACCAUGACGAUGAGGAAGAGGAGGAGGGUGCGGACGAGAGCGCCGAAGAGCAGUACAGGCAGAUCUGCAACAUGUACACCAUGUACAGCAUGCUCAACAUGGGGGCCGCAGCCACCGGCGAGCGCGUGGAAGCCCUGCCCGACCACACAGAGACGCGCGGGCGUAUGAGGGGGCGGGACCUGACCUGUCUGCCUGCUGAGCUCAUCGCACAGAUCGGCAACCGCUGUCACCCCAAACUCUACGAGGAGGGUGACCCCGCUGAGAAGCUCGAGCUAGUCUCAGGUACGUCGGUGUACAUCACGCGCGCCCAGCUGAUGAACUGUCAUGUGAGCGCGGGGACCAGACACAAGGUGCUGCUGCGGAGGCUGCUGGCUGCCUUCUUUGACAGAAAUACUUUGGCUAACAGCUGUGGAACUGGCAUCCGCUCCUCCACCAAUGACCCCAGCAGAAAGCCACUGGACAACAGAGUGCUACACGCAGUCAAAUUCUAUUGCCAGAACUUCGCCACCAGCUUCAAGGAGAGCGAGAUGAACGCCAUCGCGGCUGACAUGUGCACCAACGCCAGACGGGUGGUCCGCAAGAGCUGGAUCCCCAAACUCAAGCUGCUGAUGGCCGAGAGCGACGCUUACUCCGCCUACCUCCCUGAGAACGUCAAGACGGAGGAGGACGCGCUGGUGGGGACGGAGCCGGGCUUUGACCCGGCCUCCCUGGAGUCCAGCGGGGGCGGAGCCUGCGGCGUGUCCGGGGGCUUGGAGUCCGGGGGCGGGCAGUCGUCAGGGGAAACUCUGUCGGGAGUAGCCGGGGACGCCGCAGCUUUGUUUUGAACUCCGUGUUGGGGAGGUCAGACCGCAAAAAUGACUGCAUGAGUUGAAAUUACUUGAAUUAAGAAUGUUUGGCUUGAUUUGAGUAGUUUUAACUAGAUUUACUUUGUUUUUGGACAUAUCGGAUCUAGAUUAUAUAAUUGUGUGUAACUUUUUAGCCAAAAAUAGACAAAAAACAUGAAUUCUUACUCUGAGCAGGCUUGCAUCUUCACCAGCCUGCGUCUUUCCAUUUAAAAUGUUGUUCCUUUGGCUAUUCUCUUUCACAUUAUGGCAUAAAACGUAACCAUCUUCACAGAGAAUGGUCCAAAGUGUGGUUUUAACUUUCUGCAGGUGACGUGCAACUUUCAGAAAGUAACGUAUUGUACUUUUUAAUAUUUAAAAUAAAACCGUUUUAGUGCAUUGGCAUAAUUUCUUGCCUUUUAAGUAAGAAAAUAAAAUCUUCAAACCAGUCAAAUAUCCUGAAAAUGAUCUAGAUCUAGUAAACAAAACAAGUCAAACCUACUCAAAACUACACAAAUCAAGAACAACUUUCAAACUUUAAGUCCUUUCAACUCAUAUAUUUGUUUUUGCAGUCUUCCCCCGUGCUUGCUCCUCCAUGUGACUUUUGUUCCACACUGCUUGGGCCCAACUACGCGCCCGCUGUAACCUGGACUUAAACACAUUUUUUUUGCUUUUGUGAUGAAAACGAAAAACAAGCAGAUCGAAAAAUGGAACGGAGAGCGCGAGGGUGCGAUUCCCCUCUUGAUGAAUCAUGAAUACAUUCCCUGGACAGUGGUGGGCGGGUGUGCAGGGUCAGGCUACAAUAGGGGGGAGUGACUGAGUGAAUGUUUUUCCUCUAUGCAAGCCUGACCUCUUGUGGUGGAGUUUGGGAGUCGAUUUGCCCCCCUUCAUUUGAACACUACCUGAGCUCACCAUCUUCCACCCCUAGUAAGUCCCCCCCCCCUUCACGGCACCUGUCCUCUCCACGCCAGAUAUAUCUCACUUUGUGUCACUGUGCGGUGUUGGUCCUGAAUUAUACUGUAAAGCGCUGUAAACAUAUCCACAAAAGUUAAAAUGAUUUGAAUUCAGAAUGUUUACCUUGUUUUGAGUUGUCUUAACUAGAUUUAUUUAGUUUAGUUCGUCGGGCUGAAUUUACGGUUUUGUUUUGAGGUAAUUCUGACCGGUUUCCGUUCUCAAAAUUGUUUUUAACGUUGGGUCUAUACAAAUUGGUUAAAAAGUCACUCUUUCGACUCUGAAAUGUUAAGUUGGUUGAAAGUUAUUAUUUUAAGUUGGUUUAACUCAAAAUGGUUGCGUUUUAUAUUCACAGAAGAUCACGUUAACUUUAUUUUUUAGGGAUUUUCAGUUUGUUUUCAUUUUCUUUUUCUAAAACAAAAUUCUUACAUUGUAGCUUUUAAAGAAAAUAUGAAACCAGUCAGAAAAGCUUUACUAAAAGACAAUAAAUCCAAACUAAAUAAAUCUAAACCUGAUUCUGAAUUCAAAUCAUUUAAACUUUUGUAGAUGUCGUUUUUUUUUUACGGUGCGUUUUUCUUUUCUAAAUGCAUGUUCCUCUUUCUAUGAUGUGAUCAGGAGAGAAGGUAAGAUUUUUUACUAAGAUGAUUGUAAAGUAAAUUUAAGGGCAACUGGUAAUCAAAGAUGGUCAAAGAUAUUUUUAGAAGUAUAUUUAUAUGAUUAGAGUCCAUGCCUGGCAUGUUCUGAGCAGAGAGCAAGGGAGUUUAACUUCACUUUAUGUUUUACUAAAAUCAUAUAUCACAAUAAGGUAAACAUAUUUUUGCAGAGAUCAUAGUAUAAAACUAACAUUGCAGUGUUAACGUAGGACCUCUUAUAGAACCUCAAAUGGCUGACUUAUAGCAGACGGGACUAUAUGUUUCAGUCUUUUUCAGAAUUCUUUUUAAAACAUUUCUUUGGUUGGUUUCGACGCAUUUCAUUCUAAAGAGUAAAGACUGGUCGACCUGGCACGACUGUUGACUGUUGAGCUCAUGAUCUUUAGUAAAAAGUGCAACGUCUGCCUCUGUGAUGAAGCUUAUUCCAACACUAGUGGAGAAGUGGGCGGAGACUUUGAAUGUGCCUUUUAAAUGAACCAAUAAUCAGACGCAGCGAUGUCAGGGGGAAAGCAAUAUCCUAAAAGGUUAUGGUACUGUGUGUGUGCAUGUGUCUGGUACGUACACUGCAGACAACGGAAUGCACUCAAAAGGACUCAAAUGUUCACCUAAAAUCAGUAUCGGUGGCAAGUUUUUUCGCGUUUCAUUUUUGACCUUGAUCCGAAAACUUUUAAACAGGUUUUCGUUUAACUUUGAACGAGCGUGUUCAAGAUUUAUUUAAAGUCAACAUUUUUGUGUUUAUGUUUUUUUUUUUUAAAAGUUAAAAUUCUGAAUAUUAAACUUGUUUUGAGUAGCUUUUAGUGAUUUUUUUUACGUUAGUAAGACUAGAUUUGUGACCAAUUUUCUUGUUUUUUCUAAAUCUGUCCAGUGUGUCAAGAUUUUGUCGACUAUAAAUUACGAUACUUAGUCUAUUGUCAGAUAUUUUUUGUUUAAAAUAGAGACGCCGUAUAUUCCAAAUCCCAAACCAAACCGAAAAUUUACCUUAAAGUCAUUUGAACCUUUGCAGACAUUCCGUUUUUUCCAGUGUACAUUUUCUAUUUAUGUGUCUAAUAUGCCCAUGACUUAGUGCCACCUUGAAUUUUAGAAUCCAAAAUGGCUGACCUGUGGGACUUUUGCACCUUGCGAGGCGUAGAGUGAAGGCUGGAGCACCUUAAGAGAAAAGCACCUUUUCACUGUUGUUGAUGUGUAGCAAUCAACCCCCUUUAGCUUUCCUGCGUGUCCUUUUUUCAAACAAAUUUCACUGAUUUCCUUAUUUGAGCGUGGCACGGUUGUUUAUGUAAAUAUUCGCGAAGACUGUUGAGUUGAAACCCAAGUGUUCUUUUAUUUACUGAUUUGUUUUUUUUUUGUUUUGUUUUGUUUAUUUUUCAUUUACGUGUGCCAUUUCUAUUAGCGUGUUUGUUAGCAGGCAUUUUAGCAGUUUCGAAUUGCAGAACGACAAUGGCGCUAGCGAAGGAGAGGAAACCGGUAACUUCUAACUGUUUGAUCACACUCUUUUCUGUUGAUGUGUUGUACAAAUAUAAGCAUGUUUCACAAUAUUACUGAAAACUCCACCUGGUUCGUACGGGCAGACAAACUUAGUACUGUGUUUUGAAUGGACUUAGGGUAUCAACAACGACAAAACCUCAGUUGGCCUAGCGCUGGACUGUAAACCCACACACACUCCGAUACCUCUGAGGCCUGUUGAUGGAAUCCGGGUCGAGUUCAAAGGAAGUUCAGGUUUACUUUGAGCAAACUCGGAGUUCAAUUUUAGGUUCAUAUGAGAUCAGUGUUAGUCGCCGCGGUGGUUUACAGACUCCCCCGAAGUCCACCCAGCUCGUAACUCUUGAGUUUGGAGAUCCGGAUUCCCGCAACAGGCCAGUGGACUCAGCCAGACUGUUGUGCUUCCUGUCCCUCAGACCUCUUGUCAUGGCCGCAUCCCAGUUCUCAAAAUUUGAUACCUCAAACUCCUUGCUUCCUUCACGAGAUGCGAACCAUUUUCAGGUUGAUUUCUUCAUCGUUCGAGCAAAGUUUUCUCGGUCACUUAAAACCAAGAUGCAGACCAUUCUCCAGAUCGAUUUCUUCAUCAGUCGAGCAAAGUUUUCAGUUUUCUCAGUCACUUAAAACCAAGAUACAAACUAUGCUCCGGAUCGAUUUCUUCAUCAGUCGAGCAAAGUUUUCUCGGUCACUUAAAUCCAAGAUACAAACCAUUCUCCUGGUCGAUUUCUUCGUCAGUCGAGCAAAGUUUUCAGUUUUCUCGGUCACUUAAAACCAAGAUACAAACCAUUCUCCGAGUCGUUUUCUUCAUCAGUCGAGCAAAGAUUUUUCGGUUACUUAAAACCCAAGACCUCAAGAACUUCAACCGAUCGGCUCGUCAACCUUAUCAUACGUCAUCGCAGAUAACCGACUUCAACAGUAUGAUCGUUUAGCGUCGAAAAUACCAACAAAACCUCCUUCGUAUAAGAAUUUUCAAGUUUGAGAAUUGAGACGCGGUCCAUGAACACCACUUCCACUAAACGGGUGUCCAUUGAAGCAAGGCAGUGACUUCAGGUAGCUAGAUCUGAAUACACCUCAACUUCUUCGCCUCUCAGUGCUCCUCACGGCGCUGCGAGGCUCCUCCUAUAUAUCGUCUGAUCCACCUCGGUCACGGUUGCCUUCGACAACCUGACGACGCAGAUGCAGUAUAGCUGUUGCCAUGUUCAGUCCAGUUAGCAUAAAGAAAAGCUACAGGAACAAAACGUGUUAUGAGAAAGAAUUACGGGAGCGCAAAGGGAACAAAUUUUCAGAUACCGACUUGUGGUAUUACCAGUAUUAAAAACUUCUACGGAGCCCUAAAUGACGCAACUUGUACCACGAUACCAACUCGGCGGAUCGCUUAUUGGCUAGAAACCCUUUACUUUUUUUGCGCAACUUUAUUACUCCUGAAUUCCGCGAAGUUGUUAUAAUCCAAACGGAAUUGUUUUUUCGAUGUGGGGAGGGGGUGGGCGAAGCCAACUCAAAAAUCCUCAUUUAUUUGAAUUACUGCUAACACUUUCGAAGCAUGUACAGUACGUUUACACAAUUUGCGUAGAGACGAGACACGUGAAUGGAUUAAGGCGUGGCACGGCUCCGAAACCCUUUUGUUUUUCACUGAACAGUACAUAUAAAUAUAUACAUAACUAUAAAUACGAUUAUAUACAUGUAUAGAUGAAUACUGUAUAUUACAAACUAGAUGCACCAACAUAGCGGUUCUUCAUGUUUGUUGUGCAUGACCGAUCAAUAUUUAGCCAGACUCGCGCUUCUUCACUAUCAGUGUCUGUGUCCGUGUUAAGCCUGUAGCACCAGUGGCCCUCCUGUCCAGCUCCUCCUCUUCCUCCUCCUCCUCCUCUUCCUCCUCUUCCUCUUUCUGUGUUCCAAGUGCCAAUAACUUUGUGAAAAGCCCUGUAACUGUGACCCAACAUUAUCCAAGGUAAUUGCACAUUAACAACUGUAAAAUAAAGGCGAAUCCUAUAGAGAAAAUGUCAACGACUAUUGACUAAAUGAUGAAUAUCGUAAUAAAAGAUUUGUAACAUUU